AUGGACAACCUCCCAGUAGACCUCGUCGUGGAAAUUCUCUGUCGACUUAGCUUCAAGGAUAUAAUGAAAUGUAGAUGUAUAUGCAAGUGUUGGCAAGCACUCAUCUCCAACCCCAAAUUCCUCCAAUAUCGUCGGCAGUUGCGAUUGGAGAUGCAAUCUACAUCAAAUUACAAGCAGUCUUGUUGUCCCAUCCGACUUCUCACUUGCAGCGACUAUUAUGACCCAUGUAUUACCGACAUUGCUAAAAAAGGUAAAGCACACCUCCACCUAUAUACUUUGAACAAUAUUAACAACGAAGGCUUGGGAAAUUUGAAUCUCGCACCUCUGAACAAAAGAGAGUUAAAAAGCAACACAGAAAUUGUGUCUUCUUCCUUCUUAAAACUCGUCCUACUCUAUGAUAAUCUUAGCGAAUUCCUCUGCCUUCACAAUCCCUCGACUGAUGAGUUCAUGACAUUGCCAAAGAAUUCUGACCAAGAAGAUUUUUGGCUUAAAUGCGUGGGGCUUGGACGAGUCGAAUCGACCCAAGAGUACAAGGUUGUACGUGUUGCAGAAUAUUGCAGGGGGGUGGUUUGUGAGGUGUUUACCCUUGGCUCUGAUUACCAAUGGAGGGAGGUUGAUGAACCUCCUAUUAAUAUUUUUGAUCCAAUUCCAUGUAUUUUUGUCGCCGGUGGAAUGUAUAUGUUCGAAAAAGAUUAUGUUGUAAUUCUGAGGUUUGAUAUUGAGGCUGAGAAUUGGAUGAAGAUCCCACUACCCAACGAUUGUCCGCGGUACAGGUCCUCUUGGACAAUUCGAGAAGUAGAUGGUUUAUUUUGCAUGACUGGUAUUAACACUGGAAUUAUUAGUAUGUGGGUUUUGAAAGACUAUGAAAAAGGAGUAUGGGCUCUAGAGAAGAGAAUCAUCAUUGAUUAUAAUUUUAGAGAAUUUUUAAAUGAUGAUGUUGAAGGAGAGACAUUAAUAUAUCCUUUGUCUUUUGAUUAUGGGGAUGGCAAGACGCUGCUCAUCGACGGUUAUAUAACCGCCGUUAGUACCGGCGGCACAAUGAGGGAUAGGCACCGGUAA